AUGGAGCCACAGCGAGGCUGCCGGAACCCCCAGGGAGGUGGCAUGGGUGUGCAAGGAGAGAGCUGGUGUCCCUCCUCCGUGACUUACCGCUGCCACCAGCUGCGGAAAAGGUGCCCUAGGGCCGGCGGGGUGACACAGCAGAGACCUGCGGGAAGCCCAGAGCUGCAGCAGGGGCUGAGCCAGGGUCUGUCACAGCAGCAGCCUGUGAGGGAACCAGGACCGCCUCACACUGAGGACAAGCCCCAGGGACCAAGCCGGGAGGCGCGGGCGGUGCCGCCGUGCCCGCGGCCCCCAGCCCCGCCAGGCAGGCGGACGGCGGCCCCGCUGCGACACGUCGCUUUAGCGGCGGGGGCGGGCCCGGGCCCGGGCCGGCGCAGGCGGGAGUUCCGCGCCUCAGCCGCCGGCCUGCUGCGCCCCGCGGGGAGGGGCACCUCUGCUGCGCGCCACGCGUGUACCGGGGCGAAGCACCGGAUCCCGGCAAAGGAGUCACGCAGGGGCACGGGACCCCCAGGACUGAACAGUUGCCAGGACUCGAACAGCUGCAAUACUAUGUGGGGGCUUCCACAGCAGCCUCCAUUAACUACUGACAUCACUGAGAUGUGUCAUCACAACCUUAACAAGAGGCAAAACCAGCACCAUCCUCCUGCCUCAGAGUGCCCAGAAGGAAACAGUCUUGAUCUCAUGUGAAAGAAGCUACCAAUACACACAAGUACUACAUUUACCUGGCGAUCUUAGGACCAUUUCAGCACAUGCACUUAGAUUAAAAAAAAAAAAGAAACGAAACAGAAAAAUCAUCUUCUAUAAAUAAAUGCAAUGAAUAUUGAGAAAACAUACCAUUAACCUGUUUUCUGAAGGAUACUUAAAAUUUUGAAAUCUCCGUUCUUCCUACAAAUUCUUAAUUCUAGGAUUAAAAGCGAUAUUCAAUCGUUAGAAUCACGCAGUUUGUAUUUUGAGUCUUGCUUCCCUACUGACUGCAUAUACAGAUUAUCUGAAGUUCACACAGGGGUGAUAUUAGAAGAUAUUUAAGGUAACUACACUAUUUAGUCUAGACUCAUCUGCUGGGACUGUAGC